AAGUUGCGGAUGUGUAUGGUUCGUCAGUAACAUUUAAACAUUUCGUAAAAAUAAACUAAAAUGAAAUUUCUAAACCCCGCUGAUUUUAUAACAAAAACAUUGUCUGACUAUUUAUCGCAAACCUAAUACUAGUGCCAUUCUAUCAGUUUCUAUCGCUAGAGUGCGUGCCCCACAUUUUAAUUCGACGAAAGUUGUUGUUUAGAAAGAAAAGUGUGAUGUUCAUUAUAAUUUGUUGUGAAAAAUGCGUGCCGUGAAUAGUUUGUUGUUAAUAAACUUUUUCUUGUGUGUGUACGGGGAUGAUAAUGAGAUUUCAAAUGAGAUAGAGACGAAAAAUCAUUCGUUAGAGUUGACCCAAUCCUUGAACUUGGCACGGCAGGAGUUAAUACAAGAUACAUGUUCUCGUUUUCCUCCACGAUGGAGCUUAGAUGACUUGCCACCGACCCGUUUGGAACACAUUUUAGUUGAUGAACACCGAAAGCUUCUCUAUUGCUACGUCCCAAAGGUGGCCUGUACCAAUUGGAAGAGAGUGCUCAUGAUACUGGCCGGCAAAUGGAACAACACAAACGUCCUUUCCAUUCCGGGCAGUCUAGCCCACUCUCCGGGCAUGUUCAGAAACUUCAGCUCCGUGUCAAAGCUGGACAGAGAAUACAUGCUAGAGAAUUAUCACAAGAUGAUUAUAGUCCGGAACCCCUUUGAGAGGUUGCUUUCGGCUUAUAGAAAUAAGUUGGAAGGAGACACGCCUAGUGCUAAGUAUUUUCAGGAUCGCGUAGGCCGUCGCAUCAUCAGAACCUACCGCCAGAAUCCAAGCAACGAGUCCCUAGAGCUCGGGAAUGACGUCACUUUUAAGGAGUUCGCACUGUUCCUGACCAACCGGUCAGAGGAGCUCGCGGAUGUAGUCAACAACGAGCACUGGCAACCCAUCACUAGCCUGUGCCAUCCGUGUCUCAUCAAAUAUACUUUAGUUGGUAAAUACGAGACGUUGUUAGACGACUCGCUCCUCGCCCUCCACACCAUCAACGCAACCGAAGUUGAGUUCCCGCGCCUCUCCCGCACCUCCGGCACGGCCGAUAAACUACGCAAGUACUUCUCACAACUAGACUUACCACUCAUUAGGAAACUGUACAAGUUGUACAAGUACGACUAUAAGACAUUCGACUAUGAUUUGGAUAGUAUAGUCGGGUUUGAUUUAGGAUAAGGUGAAAGUCUGUGUUUAAUGGCUUAAGUGCAAUGUGUCAAGUCUUAGAAAAUAUUUGCUUAUGUUAGUACAAACUAUACAGGUACGACUAUAAUAUCCUCAGUAAGGGCAGUAAAGUAAAAAAUGUCUCAGAUUGAUCUGAGUUUUUGUUGGGGUGAGGUGUGUAUACUGUUUUUCUGUUCGACGGAGGUAGAAAGCAGCAACUUUGUUUAAUUGUUUAGCGCAGCGGGCCAAAAGUUGACGCUUUCCGGUCAGAAUAUUUUUUUGAUGGCUUUCAUAUAUUAGUCAGGUUUGGUUUAGGAUAGGUUGAAACCGUUCGUGUGUUUUGCAUGGCUAUUAAAAUAUCCUUAUUUAGGAAUCUGUACAAACUUUACAAGUAUGUCUGUAAUUAGGCUGCUAAUUAUAAUUAUGUCUAUUGUUUAUUUAAUGUUAUUUAAUAUGUAGGCUAACUAAUGGUACCUCUUUUUUUCUCUCUAUAGACAACAAACAUGACAAAGCAGGAUAGUAUUAAUACCAGACACUAUAAUGUUGUUACAUUAUUAUAGGAAAAAAUUGAGGAAAAAUGUCUCAGUUACACCCCUAGUGCUGGUAGAUUUUUUGAUCGAAUAUGUCAUUAAAAAUUAGCCAUUAAGGGUUAUUAAUUUUAAGCCCAAUUGAAUAUAGGUAAUAUUAUUUCCUAGUAUUUACAUUAACUUAACAACCCUCUAUUUGUAUUGAAAUGUUAAGAAUUACCAGUCCAUUAAGUUCACUUUCUUUUCCUUGUCCAUAUAUAAUUAAACAUACUUAUAUCAGAUACGCAUGAAUACGUCUAAAUGUACACAUUCCACUUUCAUAGUCAUAAACAUAUCAUUAUUACAUUUGAAACUGCAUAUUGUAUGCGUCAGUUAUUCAGCCUCGAUUGCAUUCAAUCAUGCUUUAAUUGAAUGAAUUGAAUCUGAUCUAUACAGUAGCCUACCGUAGAUACCGAUUAAAAUCACUUAAGUAGGUACAUUACUUCACUAGUUGUAUCUACUUGUAGUUCGAUAUGAUUCUCUUUAGAAUCAUAUCGAACUACAAUCCCCAAACGGUUUUGGUUUAUCAAAAGCUUGUAGCAUGUAAUACAAGUGGAAGUCCCUUUUUGACAGCUUUUGUUAGAAAGGGACUUCCACUUGUAUUACAAGCUACAAGCUUUUGUUAAACGGGCCCCUGGAGCCUAUUUCACCACCUUAAUUUUCAUUAUGUUCAGGUACAUAAUAUAUUUCGUAGGCAAUGGUUCGCACAUUUUUAUAAGGUUGUAAAAUAACCAAAACAUUUCGGUUUGCGGCUGUGUUGCUAAGGAGUUUAUGGAAAUAAUUGAGUUAGGAUUUUUUGCUGUUAUUUUCAGCAUAGGUACCUAUCUGAAACGAUGUGUAGAUAGAUACUUUGGAAUGAUUUAUACCGUACCUUAAUUUUUGUAACCUUAAUGUCCAAACUACUGAUGUGCCGUCUGAAGUUUUCGAAAUUGCGAAAUCUUCACUUGGAAAAUUUUAGGAAACUCUUCAUAUCGUUUGUCUAGGAAUCGAAAUUUUCUAUUUCCAGAAUGAAAGUAUACUGUGAAAUUUUCCUGUAAUUUUCAAGAACUUUAAAAAAAAAAUUUAAACUUUCCGCAACUUGUACAGAUGUACAUCUGUAGGUCAAACCAAAAUAUUUACAUUGUAACACCGGACUUUGUCAGUUUUGGUCCAUCUAUAGUUUUAGAUAUAAGUUUGCACAGAUAUAAGUACACCUAUGGUUGUAUAUAUGUUGUUAAGUACAUUAUACAUCUCAAUUGUAAACAAAUAUAGUCUAGUCCAGAUUUAGAAAUAGGAUAAACUUUACUUUAGCAUACCUUAAGAGUGGCGGGAAGUGGUUGUUUUAUAAAUAUUAUUAAACUAAUUAAUUAUAUGUAUAUGGUAUUAAUAGAUCAAUACGUUUUUCGGUAAAAUACAACAGUGUGUUUUGUUGAAAUGCAAUACAUUCUUAGAAUCUGUCUCAACUUUCUGCACCGAUUUGACAGCGACGAAGUGUGACAGCGUGGUGGCAUAUUUUUAUAUGAAUUUUACGUUACGUCGGUUUAGACUGACCUGAGACGACGAUUUGUUUCAGUGCCUUCGAAGCGGGUAGGUAAAAAGUGUACCUACUGAGUUACUGAUUAAGAGGUUCAUAUGUAAUAUAUGUAAUAUAAUAUUAAAUUAGGUUAAAAUUAUAAGGUUAUCUCUUUAGUAAUUGUUAUUGUUAACAAAAGUUAUCUCUGUUUGCAUAUUCAAUGACUGUAAAGUAUGUAUGGAAAGUUUGGGAUAUUUCGGUACUUACCUACUGUUUAUAUUUAAUCCGUCAUUUUCGUCACUUUAAAAGCAUAUCACUGCGCUUUGGCAUUGGGACAUAACGAUAGUAUUAUUUAUAUUAUGAUAUAAUUAACAAGGAAAACAAUGUUACGCGUUGAACUUUUCGACUAAAGUUGUAGUACUCGAUAGGGAAUGCAAAUCGGUUAUAACCGUAACCGAAAUAACCGGUUAUAACCGAUUAUUUUGACAAAAAUUCAUAGCCGAAUAUUGGAAACUCGAAUAACCGGUUAGGUACGGUUAUUUUCGGUUAUUUAUUUUAUGACUUAUAUUCUAUGAACCGAUCUUCUAAUGCUACAAAAUACUGCCUUUUUUGGCUGUUGCGCCUGUGACUAUAACUUUUGUCAUUCGUGUACUUUAAUAACGAAAUAUACCUAAUAUUGUCUUCGGUUACCGCGAUAGUUACUCAUGAAAUAAAACUAUGAAAAAUUGAAAAUAAUUUGAAAUAUACCUAAUUUACUUGCCUUAUUUAUAAAAUAUUUUGAUUGAAUAUUCACCCCACGACCACGUCCAAGGCCAUAUUUUCACUUUUGCAAUAUUUUGCGUGUUUUACUAAGAAUUAUACUCACAUUCCCUAAUACUGUACCUUAUUUCGAAAUUUUUUGAUUAUUUGGUUGUAAAUUGUAAUUUUAAAAAAUUUUGUCGAAAAAACCCGAAAUCGAAUAUAAUAACCGAUUAUCGGUUAUUUUUCGAGCAUAACCGUAACCGGUUAUUAAUAACUUUGGUCGGUUAUUGCAUUUCCUAGUACUAGACUAUAGUUGGGUAGUUUUAUGGUAGGUACUUCUGUCGCUGAAUGCACCAUACCUACACAUUUACGAGUAUUAGGUACAGUCGCCAUCAGAUAUAUCGGAGCGGCCAAGGUGUUCACAAUAUCUGAACACGCACUCUAACGCCUUGACAAUACAGGCGUGUUCAGAUAUUUGUGAGCUGUACACACAUCGAAAAUGUUGCACUCUCAACUAAUUCGGUAGUACCUAACUUUCUUAAUAUAAUUGAUCAAAGGUUAUGUUCUUUGCACAUCGGACCUUGCAUUUGCUGAUACACCUGUUAUUGGACUCGUUUAAGUAUUUCGUAACAGCACAUGUGUGCUCUGGUUUAUCUGUCGAUGUGUUGUAAUAUCGUGCCUGUUUGUAGGAUUUCGAUAUGUUUUGGGGAUUUGAUGAUUUAGAUAGAAUAGAUCUAGUCUAGACACUGUCAAUAUGAAUGACGUGAAUUUUCGUUUCAUUCCUUUGCAUAUUUUUUAUGAUAAUUAUUCUUUUAAAAAUCAUGCUGCCAAGUUUCACAUUUAUAAGUACAGUCAAGAUGUUAAAUAUUGUUGCUUAUAUAUUUUUAGAAGUUAAAGGCAAUUUAUUGUGAAUGUGAAGUUGCAGUUCAGUACUACGUACAGUCAGCAGUUGAAAUAGCUAAGCGGUCAAGGAUUUACUUAAUUGUUAGGAAAAUAAGAGCGUUUGCAGAUAAAGUUUAGAAACUUUACCCGCUUAGCUACUUCUCAUGCUGACUGUAGGAAGUAAGUAUAAAGUUGUUUGGUAUAAAGUUGAUGUAAAUGUGUAAUAUGAAUUAAUAGUAUUUAGCUUAUAUAAUUAUCAUCUAAGCCCUCAUUAAAUGGUGCUAUGUGUAGUGUACAUAUGUAUGUCUAAUAAUAAUUACAAAUAUUGUAAUUUAAAUAUACUUAAUUGAUCAUUAGUGAUACAACGGUGAUAGACAUUAAUGAUGUUAUGUUAUUAUAAAUGUUAAUUAAGUAUUGUAAUCUCGCACGAGUCUGUGCGCAAUGAGAUUGUAAAUAUUUUUUGAUAUAAACUGUACAUUCGAAUUAAAAAAUAUUUUCACAAUCGAAAUAAAACAAACAUUUUAUUUUAA